AUGAUGGAGGACUUAGCAGCUUCCUAUAUUGCUCUGAAAUCAGAGAAUGAAAUUCUGCAGGCACAAGUGCAGCAGCUGAUGGAGGAAAAUACUGCCUUGCAGUCCCUCAUUCCAGAACUCCAGAAGCCCCAAGCAGCCAAGGAGGAUGAACCACUCCAGGAGACCCAGAGACCCCCAGAGUCCCCUGGAUUUUCUAGCAGAGCCUGGAGAUCCCAAAAGCCCUCGGAGGCCAAGGAGCCUCAGAAGCUCCCAAUGGCCCAGGAGGACCAUAAACCCUCAGAAUUCAAGGAGGCUCAGAAGUCCUCAGAUACCCAGAAUGCCCCAGCAGGCCAGGAGCCCCAGAAAUUAGAGCCCCGGCACUCCCCAAAUGCCCAGGAGCUACAGGAGGCACCAAAAUGCCAAGAUACCUCUAGACACCUGGAAUUCUUUGAGUUUCCUGCUCCCCAGGAGCUCCAGGAUCCUAAAGAUGCCCAGGAAUUCCUAGGACUCAUAACAUCCAAGGAGUCCCUGGACAGUCUAACAGCUACUGAAACAACAGCUUCAGAGUUUCCACAGUCUUCCAAUGAGUUAGAUGCUGAAGCUUUCCUCCUAGAAUAUUCUUUAGCCUUCAGUAGGGAUAUCCAGAAGAUUCCUGAGUUUCUGGUUCAAUUGAAGAGUUCCAUGAGAGUCAGAGGGUGCCUGUAUCCCACCAAAGCAGCUCUGGUAAGCUUUGUUGGCAACUAUUUCUUAGGUAAAGAAGAAAAGUGGUUCCAGCCAUUAGUAGAUAUCCAAAGCCCCCUGCUGGAGCAAUUUGAAAGUUCCAUGCAAGUGCUUCAGGAUGCUUUUGACAAUCCAGAAAAUAUGGAAGAUGCCAACCACCACAUCCAUAAGCUCUUCCAACGAGAGGACCAUGUCCACCAGUAUGCAACCCACUUCCACCUCAUUAUUCAAGAACAAAAAUGUGAAAGCACUCUCUGCAUCCAAUUUCAGGAAGGGCUUGCCAGUUCUAUCUGAAGUGAACUGUCUCACACAAGCCCAGCUACCAAUCUGUCUGAUCUGAUCACCCAAUACAUCUCCAUAGAAGAGAAGCUAAGUGGUAAACCUGAUCCAAGUCCACAAGAUGCAAGUCCCUCUGAGGAGAGAGCUGGCCUCCAGAGUUUACCAACUGAAAAGCAGCCAGUGCAGGCUUCAAGCUGUCACCAACACCUCAAUGAAGCUGAAUGAGCCUGUUGCUGUGAAGGCCACUUGUGCCUCUACUGUGGACAUUCUGGUCAUUUCACCAGAGAUUUCCCUGUCAAGCCUCAUCAUGCCCAGCAGAUGGGAAACAUUGAGGUCCUGCAGCAAGGGGGAACCCGGGCGGGCCAAUCUACAAAUAUGCAUCCCCCUCACUUCCAAUAUCCAUAUUUCGUACACCAUGGUUUACUGUUGAAAUCCGACUGGGAAGACGACAGCUCUUUGAGCAAGCUACAGUGGAUUCAGGCUCCUACAGAAACAGCAUUGACCACUCUGUGGUUCUUCAAGAGAAACUGCCCAUCACCGUAA